UGGUGGAAAAAGGUAAAAUUGAAUUUGGCGUUUAUUUCUAAUCCUCUCAGCUAUUGCUCUCUUGUCUUGAUCAUUACACACAUCACACGCUCUUUCUCUCUCUCUCUCUCUCUCUCUCUCUCUAGGGUUCGAUCCAGGCGGGGUUUAAGCUAUGGGAAAAAGAAAGGCAAAAGCAAAGCCUCCUCCAAAGAAACGAAUGGAUAAGCUUGAUACUGUCUUCAGCUGCCCUUUCUGCAAUCAUGGCAGCAGCGUUGAAUGCCGCAUUGACAUGAAGAACUUGAUAGGGGAAGCUUCUUGCAGGAUAUGCCAAGAGAGCUUUAGCACUACCGUUACAGCUUUAUCAGAGCCAAUAGACAUAUACAGUGAGUGGAUUGAUGAAUGUGAACUGGUGAACCACCCGGAUGAUGAUGGUGCUUAGCACCGAUGCGCAGAUUCCUGUUCUUGUGGUUAUGGACGGAUUAACAGGCCAUUGUUAUAUCUUCAACCUGUAAUUAUGUCAGUUCCUGAUGUGAGCACCGGUGCAACUAUAAGAUGCAUGUAAUAGCUGAGUUAUGUAAUAUCAUGUGCAUGAACAUAAGAAUAAUUGUCCUUAUUUAGAUGAAGCCACCUUGAUGGGAAGCUGGUCUGUAAUAUUAAAUUAAUAUUAUACUUUGCAGUAUAUGUGCUGGUUGCAUAUGUAAAGCGUGUAUUUCUUCUCCUUUGUGGUGACCGACUUGGGAGAAAGGAGUUAAUAUAUAGCUUGAUGGACUUGGCUUUUGAUUCA